AUGGCGUACUUUAGCCAGAGUUUAAGUGGGUCGGCACUGGAGUGGUAUACUCGGCAGGAUCACAAUCGGUGGUACAUUUGGGAUGACCUGGCACAAGCGUUUGCUUGUCACUUUCAAUAUAAUCUCGAAAUUGUCCUGGAUCGACUAUCUUUCAAUAAACUGGAGAAGAGACACAACAAGAGUUUCAGGGAAUACGGUUUCCGGUGGAAAGAACAAGCAGCCAGAGUUGAUCCUCCAAUGAAGGAGAGUGAGAUGGUUGACUAUUUCCUACAGGCUUUGGAACCUACCUAUUUUGGGCAUUUGGUGUCAACAGUAGGUAAAUCUUUCAACGAAGUAGUUAAAAUGGGGAGUAUGGUCGAGGAAGGCCUCAAAUCCAACAAGAUCAUAAGCUACUAUGUGAUCAAGGAAACCAUUCAGGCCAUCAAGGGUGGAGUCGGGGGAACAUUUGGAAAGAAGAAAAAGGAGGAAGUAGCAACAGUUGAGUCGGGAACUUGUUUGUUCCACCGGCUGCGACAACUGGAUAAGUUGAGAUCAAUCGAAGCGAAGUUGCCAAACCCUCUCCCAAAGAAUCUAGAUUAUUCUGUUAGCUGUGAAUACUGUUCUGGUGCACCGGGGCAUGAUACCGAAAAGUGUUGGCAUUUAAAGAAUGCUAUCCAGGAACUUAUUGACUCCCACCGGAUUGAAGUGCAGAUUCCAGAGGCACCCAACAUUAACCAAAACCCACAGUCGGCCCAUCAUGAGACCAACAUGAUUGAGAUCUAG